AUGGGUAAUACCGAAUCAGUUCAAACUCCUAGACAAUCUCGCCAAUACAAGGCUCCCUCUGAGAAGCUUGCCAUUGCGCCUGCACCUACCCCUGCCUCGGCUGACAAUCUUGCUGAGGAACUUUCUCGCCUCAUCUUGUCUUCCAAGACUAGAAUCUCUAGCACUGCAAACCCCAUUUCCACAGAUAGCCUUAACGAAUGGGAGACUGAGGUACUUGCUGACCCCAAAAACCGUCUGGCUCAAGCUGCUAUUACCAAGGGCGCCAUUGCAAAUGUUAUUAAGAACCCAAAGGUUUUCCAGAACGACUCAGUCCAUGUAUUUUCUGAGCUCAUUGCUAAUGAGGGUGCCCCCAUUACCAACCAGCACUCUAGUGGUAGAUGCUGGCUCUUUGCCAGUACCAGUUUGCUUCGUAUUGGUAUUCAAUCUAGACUUAAAAUUGACGAGUUCCAGCUCUCUCAGUCAUUUCUUUUCUUUUAUGACAAACUUGAGAAGUGCAAUUACUUUUUGCAGAACUUGAUUGAGACUGCUGACUAUGACCUUGAUAGCCGUCUUCUCACUGCUCUUUUGCAGGAUGAUGUUUCUGAUGGUGGCCAGUGGGAUUUCCUCAUUAACAUUAUUCAAAAGUACGGUCUUGUCCCUCGCACUGUUUUCCCUGAGUCAUUUAGUUCUGAUAACUCCUACAAGAUUGACUUUAUCAUUAGCAACAAGAUUAGAGAAUUUGGUCUUAACCUUCGUAAGGCCAAGCUUGAGCAGAAUGCUGACAUUACCACUCUCAGUGUGCUUAAGGAAAAGUACAUGCAAGAGAUUUUCAACAUUUUGACCAUCACUUUUGGCUCCCCCCCUAAGCCUAAUGACACCUUCACCUGGGAGUACACUGAUACUUAUGGCAAGUAUCACUCCAUUACUACCACACCCUUGGGCUUCUACGAGGAUAUUGUCAAGUUUGAUGUCUCUAGCUACUUCUCUCUCAUCCACGAUCCUAGAAACCCUUACGAUGAGCUCUACACUGUUGAUAGAAACAACAAUAUGCAGGGUGGCAAGCCCCUCGAGUUUGUCAACGUCCCCAUUGAUGUACUCAAGCAGGCUGCCAUCACUGCCAUCCAGAAUGACGAGGCUGUAUUCUUUGGCUCUGACGUUGGCCAAUUUAGCGACAGUCUUUCUGGUAUUAUGGAUACAGAGGCUUGGGAUUACCAGCUUGCAUACAACACCAAGUUUAACCUUGACAAGGCUGACCGUGUUCGUCUUGGUCUAUCCCAGAUGACUCACGCCAUGCUUUUGACUGGUGUCGACAUUGUUGAUGGCAAGCCCGUUAAGUGGAAGGUCAUGAACUCGUGGGGCACUGACGUGGGUGACAAGGGUUUCUUCACCAUGUCUGACAAGUGGUUUGACGAGUACGUUUACCAGGUUGUCACCACUCCCAAGUUUAUUGGCAAGAAGUACACUGAUAUUUGGAAGGCCAAGGACUUUAAGGUUUUGCCCAGAUGGGAUCCUUAUGGCUCUCUUGCUUAA